UCCAGAGUAUCUUGCGCUGCAUGUGCCGUGCUGUUCGCCCAUGGCCUUGCACUCGGUGCUGAGCCUGGGCAUCGGCGUGGGUUCCGCAAGCGCAGCGUCCCACAAAUCCGUCGAGGAAGGACAUGCGCCCAAAUCACAGCCAGAAGGGCCGGCAGCACCGCCUUCCCUGUUUGAUACUUUGCUGGGACCUGACACGCAGGAUGACGAAGUUUUCAUUGAAGAGUAUGCUGGUCCCGUUGAGCUGACGAUCCAUUCCCUGGCAGACACCAUGACCGAGCUUGAGGUCUCAUGUGAUGCAGAGAUUGAAGAUGUGAAGAACCGUGCAGCGCAACGCCUGGUGCUCUUGCCUCAACACGGCACUGGAGCCGUAUUGCUGGACAUGGCUUCUGGCAAGGUGCUGCCUGGAAACGGCACUGUGAAAUCCUGCCAGCUCUCACAUCGAAGCCGACUUUUGCUCAUGGGAAAGUCCAGGCUGUAUGCCCCGAAGGAUGUGCACGUGUCCGCCAUGCUGGUGUAUGCCAGGCUGGCCGAGAAGAAGUUUGUGCUCGCCAAGCCGCAGACGCUGCGCGAGAACGAGGAUUUGCUGCUACGGCUGGACACUGAAGAGUGCCACCCUCAUGCAGAAAUUGCAGUACGAGGGCACCUUGAACUCAGUGCCAAUUCCUGGGGGCGCUUUGGGGCGCUUCAAGACCUUGCCAGUGGGGAGCAAAGCCGACAAGCCGGACAGACAGCAGGUUGCCAAGGAUCAGGUCAGGGAAAUCUUCAUCCCCUUGAGCCGUGUGCGACGCUAUUUGACCGGUUAGCCUCGAGCACUGGAACAGGCCACGCCGCAACUCGGGCGCUUGCGGAGUACGACCCACAAGGGCCCGCAAGGCACUCGGGAUGUGGUUGGCAAAGCCCGGGUGCUGUGGAAGAGAAAUCCAACGCAUGGAGCUUGGGAGGUGGAAACAAGAGGCGCAGCUCUUGCAAAGGAUGCCACCAAGUCCAGAAGUUUGAGCAAGUGCCAUCGGCUUUCAUCCAGGAGGCUCCAGCAGGCGAGCCAAAGCUGAAACUUGUAAUUCCAUAGUUAGCCGAGGAAUUCGGAUGCAACUUGGGAAUACUCGGGAUGCAUCAUCCAGGUAGAAACCACAUUUCAUUUUGAAUCUGGAAAGGCUCAAUCUGAGUUUCCGGCGUUCCUAUGUGCAGAUUCAGUUUCAGCUGCUGCGCUAGGCGUCGUCGGCUUUGAAAGAGUCAAAGUGGCAAGCCGUUGCCAAAACAUGGCGAGACGUGCCGGAGCUGACGCGAGACAGCGUGAGGUGAGUUUUUGAGGACACGGUUGCUCGGCGCA